AUGGGUGCCAGCGAGUCCAAGCCGUCCUCCAGCACGCCCCCACAUUUGUGGAAGGCCAGCUCGCCCAGCGGCAUCUCCCACGAUCUCGUCGAGUCCCUGCAGACCAGCCAUGAGACCGACGCAUCCCGCUCGCAACUCACCGAGAUCCAGAUUCAGCGCCGCGUCGCCGAGGAGUUGAAGCGCCUGCAGGCCACGGAGUCGGAGGCCCUGAGGCUCGCCCACGACAAGAUCGCCGCCGAGGACAAGCCCGCACCCGAGGGCCAACGCAGCCACGAGAGCGUCGCGAAGGAGGUCGAGGCCCUGCGCGUCAAGCUGGCCGAGCGUAAGAAGGUGCGCGACCUGCCCGAGGCCGUCGAGACGGCGCGCGGCAACGUCGUGCGGUGCCUGCGGGACAACGACCGCCGGCCGCUCGACUGCUGGCAGGAGGUUGAGGCUUUCAAGGAGGAGGUUAAGCGGUUAGAAAAGGGGUGGGUUGAGAAGAUUGUCUCGUGA